UAAUGCUAACUGGGAGGAGUACUUGACUCCUGCCCCAAUGCAAGACAAAGAGAUUGUGAACCACCAUCAGGAACAAUGUCAUCCAAAGAUUUUGUCAAAGCUACCAAUAGCUUAUCAAGAGCAUCUGACUUCAGGGAAGACACUGCUAUGCUAACUAAAGCUAAUGCUAACUGGGAGGAGUACUUGACUCCUGCCCCAAUGUCAAUUGCUUUUCUUGGAGAGCUUGUCUUCAUUUCUGCCAACCAAGACUUCUCUAUCAAGGAAGGUGGACCAGUUGAUGGAUUCAAGUUGAUCAAAUAUCCUGACUCAUUCCGUGCCUGCCUCAUGCAAGUGUGCAAUUCUGGUUGGCGAGCAUUCAAUGAAGCCCACAAGAGCAUGGACAAGAUAUGCUUGCACACUAGAAAUGUGCCUACAUACAUGAAGAGGGCAGUGCAAAUACUUAUUCAAGAAGAUGAUGUCCUCAUUGAAAACCUUCUUCCUGAUGUAUUGGAAAACAUUGCCACCAUAUCACAGGAGUGUGUGGCAUUGGCCAAAUCCUCUGAAAAGAGGUUCACUGAUGUCACUGAGUUGAUCUCUGAGCUUCUAGAGACUUGCACAAGUUCCAAACAGCACUAUGGCAAAAAUGUUGAGGAUGUUCGAAGAACUCUGGAUGAAGAAAAGCAAAAAAAACACAUGCUUGAAGAGGAAGAAAAGCAAGCUCAGGAAGAGUUUAAGAAACAGGGUAAGCUGAUAGAAGAGGCUAAUCGAAUGUUCCAAGAGGCAAUGGAUUCAUUGCCCUCAGGAUGGGACAUCAUUGGGAUGAACUUUGUUGAAGAAUUGCUAAAUUCUGUGAAUGCUAUUCUUGGAGCCGGCAUCAAUCAUCUGACAAAUCCUCUCGGUUCACUUACUGAUAAACUUAAAGGUCGUGCAGGGAAAAAACACCCACAGGGGCGACGAGCCACAGCAGGACAUCCUGGAAACGAGGCAAGCGACAUCAUUGGAGGCUUAACCAGCUUAGUGACAGGCUCUCCCAGUUCAGCCACUGUAAACAAUAAAAACCCACAAGGGGGACCAGUCACAGAAAGAGUUCCUCUAAACACCAAUGCAAGUGAACUUUUUACUAAGGCCAGCCUCCUUCUGCCUGCUGUCCAGUCUUUGAGCAGCUUCAUUCAGGAAGAUCAAAUCCAGUGGACAAAGAUUGUUGACCCGUCAAUUGGGAAGUCUAAGUGUGACUGGAUAAAAGAACAAGUUGAAAACGUGAAAAUAGCAGAUGUGAAAAAAAGUCCUGCAAAACUCCUUGUUGAAAACAUUCGUCAACAAGCUAAAUCUAUCUGCUCUGACCUGACACAAAUGGCCCCUGAGGGGAAGCAUGACGAUUCCAACAAUAACAAAGCACUGGUCCAGCGAAUCAAAAAGCUUAUGAAAUCUGCACAGCAAUUUGAUUCUAUGGGGAAAAAAGAAUCCAAUACUUCCUCUUUCCCAGUCAAACCUCCUGCAAUGGCUAAAGCCCAAAGCAGCCAGUCAUCAUCGGCAAGUGAAACAGCAACACAAAAUGCCCGUUUUCGCAUUGAGCAGAUGAGAAUUCUACUUGAUCAGGCCAAGGAGGACUAUGAAAAAUCUUUGGACAAAAUGGAACAAAAGAAAAGAGAACUAACAGAGACCCUGAUCAAGUUGAGAUCCUGUGAGGUCAAGGAGAUUGACUUUGAGACCACAAUCAGGCUUCUAGCCAUGGGUCUGAAAGCCAUGGGAAGUUUGCAGGAGAAGUGGCAUAAAAUGGUGCAGUUCUUCCAGAUGAUCUCAAACAUCAUUGACACUUCCCUGAAGUCAUCUUUAAAAGACUUUGUUGAUACCGCUAAAAAACCAUAUCCCAAAAACAUGAAGUAUUCAUCCAAAAUGUUUUUGCAAGAUGUGCUAUACCAACAGGCUUUCCAAGCAUCCAACAUUGCCAACCUGGUUAACAUGAUCUCUGGAACCUACACUGAGAUCUCCAGCAAGUACUUGAUGGAUCGAGUCGGAAGCCUGGGUAGACUCAUGGCUUUGGAUCCCAAAGACAGUCAGUUUGAAGUAGAACGACAGGCCCUGGCUGCAUCUUGUGACGAGGCAGGAGAAUUUAUUCAAGACAUUGUCCAGAAAAACAAAAAACAGUACGAGUUAAAAACCAAAGCAAGGCUGCUGAAAAUCGAAAACGAACUGAAUGCUGUUUUGCCUCCACCAUCCAAGGAAGAGCAAGAGGAGCUUAAGGAGAUCAGAGAUGCAGUGACUGAAGGGUUCAAGGACCAUCCAGACAUCGAUCAGUUUUCUUAAAGAGCUUUCAUCUAAAGAGAGAAUUACUACUUAAAAGGAAUAUCUGUAUCCAGGGGCAAAGUAAUCACAUUUUGCUACCAGGUGUGCAGCAACAAUAAUCUGUCUUGAAUAACUAUUCAACACAAGUUUUAAUAACUAAUAUAACCUUUACACUUUCUUAGCUUUUG